AUGGGCUUCCUGGCCUUUCUCACGUGCGGCAGCUGCUCGAGUCGGCGCAAGCGCGGCCACGAGCACUUCCCCGACACGAUCACACUGCCCACGGCCUCGUCGACGCAGCCCCACCGCCCCACUGGCGCCCGCGCGUACGCGCCCCACCCGACCGCCUCCCACGGCACCACUGGCUCGGCGGCGGCGGCGGCCACAAGCGGCGGCGACCCCCGGAGUCGCGGCAGCACUGUCGACGGAAGCCACGCGCGGCCGUCCAGCGGCCCCCAUCGGCUGCCGUCGCGCGAGCUCCACGCGGCUGAACAAGAGGGCCGGGCGUCGUCGUCGUCGCAGCUGCCGCCGCCGAAGUACGUGGCCACGGGGCAGCUGAGCGGCGGCGGGUCGGGGCACUCGAGCGGGAACAACCGCGACGCAGACAUUACGGACAAGUCGCGGCAAGUGGCGAACCGCGUGCUCGAGCAGUUCCAAGCCGACCCGACGCUCGGGCGCCGCCGCAUUCCCUACGCGUCGCUCUACUUCACGCGCGUGCUGAGCAAAGGCGCGUUCGGCGAAGUGUGGCUCGCGCAGCUUGAGAACCAGCAAGUGGCCGUGAAGCGCAUUCUGAACGAGAAGAAGAACGACGUGCGCGAGAUCGAGUGCUUUGGCGCGGAGAUUAAGCUCAUGGCGUCGUUCUCGCACCCGAAGAUUGUCGAGUUUGUCGGCAUCUCGUGGAGCUCCAUGCAGGACGUGUGCGCCGUGACCGAGUACAUGAGCAAAGGCGACCUCUACGGCUUCCUCAAGCGCCGGCAGGGACAGCUCAACUGGCGCGACCAUCGGAUCUACUUGGCCGAAGACGUGGCCGACGCGCUCGGGUACUUGCACGGCCUCUCGCCCAAAGUGAUCCACCGGGACCUCAAGUCGAAGAACAUUCUGCUCGACGACUCGUUCCGCGCAAAACUCAGCGACUUUGGCAUCAGUCGAGAGCGGUCGGUCGAGGACACAAUGACCGCAGGGGUGGGCACGAUCUACUGGACUGCACCUGAAGUGCUCAUGGGCAAAAAGUACACGGAGAAGGCCGACAUCUUCUCGUUUGGCAUUGUCAUGUCGGAGCUCGACAUGCACGUCGUGCCGUACUCGGACAAGCGCGACAGUGCUGGCAAGAAGCUCCAGGGCAUGAAGAUCGUGCAGAUGGUGAUCCGACGGAAUUUGCGGCCAACGUUCUCGCCCGAGUGUCCGCCGCUUGUGAAGGAACUGGUAGACCGCUGUUUGGACGCGGACCCGGACGUGCGACCCAGCGCCGUGGAGCUGCUGCGAAUCAUUCAGCGCAUGCAGAGUCAUUUGUGA